UUAUCAGGUGGAGAUGUCAUCAUCGUUAUCGGGGGAGAUAACAAAUACAAAGGCGAAGACGAAGAGGAACGUGAGGUUAUUUCACGUUGGGCGAAAAGGAAAGUUUUCUCACAGUUCAGCGAAGAGUAUCUUGAUGGCAGAAAGAGCUUCAUCUUUUCUUGGAACAAAAAACAUCGAGAGAUUCACGAAAAAGCUCUGUCGCAUCACUUUGAUCCAAACAAGAACGGACGAAAGUUCGAAUAUCAGCCGGAUCAGCGAAAGGAACAACCAGAGGCGGCAACACCACCGCCAUCAAGAUUGAAGGAGUUGAUACCUCCGUUUCGUAGAUGUUUUUCCUUGUCAGGCGAACAACAAUAUGAAUCAGAGCCGCCACUAAAACCAGAAAGUUCCCUGCGUCACUAUGGAGAUCUUUCGUCAGGUCUUGAAAGCCCCAAAGGUUAGAGAAGUACAUGUUCGUCAGCAAUUAAAUCUAAAAGUAUUACUAACAGAAAGUAUUAGUACUCUGGUGUUGACACCUUUAAUUAUUUAGUUUUGAAUGAAGAUGAUCAGAUUUGUUGUGUCAAAAGCUCAUGUUUUAGUCCCGCAUGGCAAAAAAAAUUCUUUUAAGAAUUGUAAUCCCAAAUAGACAAACUCGAGAAAUUUUGUGCACCAUCAGAGAAAGUUAGACAAUGAUUAAACUCAGUACACUGAGAGGCUUUAGAUUGCACGCCCUAUUUUGUUUAUGUGAAGAUUCAGCGAUGGUUGCCGAUUUUUUUAAUCGCCGUCUCCAGUUCAGACAUAUUUAGACCUCCAUUAAUCCUUUGUAGGAUAUUCGUUAUUAUCCAUGAUUUUAAUUAAUACGAUGGAACCUUGGUGUGCAAUCCCGGUACACAUCCCUAUUAGCUCUCUAAAUGGGCUGACAGGUAAAAUCAGGGUGUUGGCCGGGAUUGGCUAAUUUUUAGCCGGGGAGGGGGAGAGAGGAGAAAGGGACGUUUUUGUUUUCCUGACCUCCAAAUUGUUUCCUAAAGUAGUUUCCUAUUUCCGAAGUUAUGUUAAUCGAAAAUACCCAACUCGCAUAUGGAGCUGUUACGUUACAACGGUUUUAUUUUUUUAAGGUUUGCAUGAGAUGUAAUUGGUGAAAGGGAAAAUUUAUUAUGCUGUGCUUUAUUUUUGUAAACAUCAUUGAUUUCUUAACCUUCUUCAAUAAUUUGUCUUACAUGUCAACGUACUCAAGUGCGUGUUGGCUGUAACAAAAUUUUAUCUCUCGAAUCGACACUCUUUAUUUCCACGAUCUCAACGAACGCUUUUUAUUCAAGUAAUUCAUUAUUGUUUUACUCGUUACCAUGUUCCCGCCAUUUAAGUUGCUCCAUUUUCUGCAUAUAAAUACACACCACCCACAAUUCCCCCAUUCGCUCUGACGAAGGGCUAACGCUUGAAACAUCAGCUUUGAAACUUAACGGUGGCCAAUUUACAUUUUCAACUGACUUAGGUAAUAAAACAAUAGUUGCCAGCUUAUUUGUUGAAGUAACUUCUGCGGUGGCUUUUUGUUUCUGUCCAGAUGCACGAAUUCUCGUAUUGAUUUGCGGCUCUUCGUCCCUAUCCAAACAAGACGAAUUAAGGGUCGAGAAAGUCGUUAAAGACUACGUAAAUGAAACGGAAAAGAUCGUCGCUGGUUGGUUUAAACGUGGAAUAGUAAAUCUAGAACCAGAUGCAUUGCUUCAGCUUUUGACUCUGAGUUCAGAUGUAACGCGAAUAGGUCCAAAUCAGGGAAAUUCUUCAGAGUGGGGAUUGCAUCGUGAAACGGACCGACAAGUUCAAGCACUGCAGCCACGAAGAGCAACGGCAAAUUACCCUGCCACCAGAGGACGAGCCCAUCAAGAAACUGUUAUUCUAGAGUGUAGGCUUUUCUACGGAAAGAAUUUUCAAUCUCGGUUAGAUCUUUUAAACAAGAUUCAUGAUUCCAAAGUCGUAGAUUCCAUCUAUGCAAAUCUUUUUGAGAAAUAUAAGACCAUUGCGCUGGCCUUCGUCAAAUUCUUUACAGACACUUCUGGCUACCUGAGAUAUACCGUCGAAAUAAGGAGCGCUGAAGACCCAGACGUAGAGGGAGUACAGAUUGCCGACAAUGAAACUUUGCUGUUAAGCACACUUGUCCGCUACGGGAACGUAUCUUUUGAAAACGGGGAUGUGCAGUUUCAUCGUGUCGAUUUUAACUUACCUCCAGGGAUUGCUGACGAUUUAAAAAGUGUGUUUGAAAGGUACCCAAAAGUUAGUUUGUUCAUUGUUCGGAACGAGAAGGGGGAAUUAAGAUGCCAUUAUAUCACUGGAGCGUUUAACAAAGUACUUGGUAUAGUUUUAAUAAAAUAAGAAGAUCUGCUAGAGACCAUUUUAAAAAGUAGGCAUCAAAAUGUCAUUGGAAGGUUCAAUUAUGAUGUUCGGAAAAUAAGCCUACCAAUUAACAUGUCGUUUUGUAUUUGCAUAUCCAAAACUUUAAAAGAUAACAAUAGUUUGGCAAAGUUGAUGUAAAGAGUUUGGCUUCUUAGAGCAUUAAAAACUUUAUACAUAAUUUUAAUGAACACACGGGAGAUGUGUAAGUAGACAUUGUUACAUUGGAUUACUUGUCAAAUUCUGGUUAUCUUUCACGUGAUAAGAUAACGUUAGUUACUUUGUACGUAAUGUUAGAAAUAUAGGAUAGGUGAAACAAUUGGAUGUACAAUUAGGAUGACUUGAAAAACUUCACAAAGUCUUCGGUCUGCAAAAGUUAGAAAUGAGAGGUCGUAUUAAGUUACGAUAGCAACGGAAUUAUUUUUCACAAACGACCAUUAGAGUGUUUUAAGCACCAAUAACUAGAAGCGACAUCGUUCAGCUUUUCUUUUCGAUUAAUGAUUAACUGAUUCAGAUGCAGUUUUACGCAAAUUUUUUCAGACACGUUCUAUGGAUUAGGCUCAGAGCCACCAUGAAAUCGCACAAAGUUGAGAGGACUUAAAGUCCCCUUCGAAGAAUUGUUAAACGGAUGAUUAGUAACUAUUUCUUUCAAGUAUCAAUGCUUAUAAGUUUGGCCCCAACUAAUGUAGGUAUUAUUCACAUGACAGCAACAUCAAGAGAAGAUGAGUUUCAUCCUCUUUUGAGCAAAAUUCAAUAAAAAAUUCUUAUGAG